GGCUCCCGGCCUAAUCCAUUUGAUUGCAUCUUAGUCCAGUAGAUGGCGGUAAUACACUUUGCCUGUAAACUGCUGUAAGAGGUAACAGAAGAAGACGAUGUUCUUUCCUUCUGCUCUCUUCUCCAACCAAUUAUAGAAACAAGAGUGCGAUUUAUCUUAUUUCCAUCCAUUUUAAAUAUUGCCCGCGAGGAUUUCUACUGAUCGACGUGGUGUAGGCUUGCUUUAGGAUUCUCCGCUUAGAAUGCAGAUGAAGGAUCGCUGACGGGAAAUGGAUUUGUUUAUUAUUAUUUCUCUGCUAUUUGUAGGGCAUGUCACCACGUCUGUGAAAGGAUACAGUGUCGAGGAAGAAAUUUAUGUGAGACAUCAGUAUGUAUGCCCUGGUCAGUCUGUCACCUUCUCAAAAGCCAAAUAUUAUGAUGAUUUGUUUUUUCAACCGAGUGGGUCGGACUCUGCGAUGCAGGUAGCAAACCGGACUCAUAUCUUGCUUCCUUCUUAUGAGUUCCGAAACAGAGACGUGUUUAUUCCUGAGGUCACUAGACAACAUGAGGGCGAUUAUUUCUGGACACAUGCCAGAACUGCUGCUACAUUUCUGAUGAGGUUGGGAACGACCAAAUUAUUUCUCAAAGAUUGCGGCAGUGAGAAGGAAGUAUAUUAUGGAAAUAAGUUCAGUCUGGAGGUGCCACAGGCAGCGUCCGUAUUGAAGUUCACCAGAGAGGGGUCGACUGACCACAAGAUCCUGUGGAGUCGGAACAACACAGAUAACAGUCUGGGAGCCAGCUGGAAUGCCUUCAAUAUCAAGUACGCCGAUGCGGGCCGCUAUGCUUUCCUAAAGGAGAACGGGGUCGAGAUCUCCAGCACUUCUCUUUAUGUUCGAGAAAACCUGGAAUAUUACGAUGUGAGUAAGAAGUCCUUCCUGGAAAGCAAGUUCCCAGUUCCUAUAAACGAGGCUGUGGUUAUUUUUAUCGAUCCAUCGCAGAAUGAGUAUCUGCUCUUUGUACAUGGCACAAAGACCGAGGAAGCAUUCCAGAUGUUUCAGGAUCGGUUGCAGCUACAGCCCUCGCAAAGUGGAGAACUGGAACUCCGUAUUAUGGACCUGAAAUCAAGGGAUGUGGGACGAUAUGAAGUCAAAGACAAGGAAGAAGGCCUCGUCUCUGUCAUAUGGCUUUCUGAGACUGUGGACAUGACUGGACCCAUUGCCGCUGGUUGUGUGAUCAGUAUAUUGAUUGUUUUAAUGAUCACCUGUUGCUGUGUGUGGAGGUCUCGCAAGAAGAGGGAUACAGCCCCUGUUUCUUCACCAUCACCAGAGUACCACGCGCCCAUCCAUGUGCAUGAUCCUGUUGUAAUAUAUUCACCAGGCCACCCCCUUCAACCUCGGCCUACGGCACCAGUUGUAGAGGAAGGUUCUGCUGCCCCUGUAGAGAGUGCAGAUGGGCAAUCGGGGCAGCAGUCUCUCCCUUCAUCUCAACCCUUGGACAACAAUGUCCCACUUUCUUACAAUGAAGUUAUUGGCAGCGGUCCUGAGCCUCUCUAUACAUACCCUUCUGCUGCUCCUUCUGGGGCCUCAGCUGGAGGAGCGGGAGGAGGAGGGGCCGACCCUGACCCUAGUGCCCCACCAGACCCUGGGAUUCAGUACCAGCCCCAGGGGUGGUGUGGAAGUAUGGGAGACUUCCUCACCAGUUCUCCUCUGAACAUGGACACCAACACCGCCACCAGUACCUACAAUUCAGACAAACUCAACUUUUGAAAAAAGCAUUCAUGAAAAAGUUCAAGAAAAGUUUAUAUUUUAUACUUUACACUUUAUUUUACACUUUCUUUUCCAGAACUACUUACAGUGCAGUAGAGAUGCAUAAGGACAUGUAGUAGCCUACAGGCAUGUCUAGCAUUGGCCAGCGGCUAGCAUAACACAAUGCUCAGACCAUAAUAAGUUCUGUCUCAUUCCUAUGGUAACACAAUUGGUUUGCCUUAACUGAAAAUUGAAUAAGCGCGCGUUUCGCUAUGAAAGUUGAACCAAGUUCAAAGCUCAGCUUGUUCAACGCUAGCGUUACGCCAGCAUUGCCACCGUUCCGUUGCCGAACCAUAGAGAACAACAGGAAACCUGCAGCUUGCCGCUGGCUAAUGUAAUCCAUAGACAGUGUUGGGGAGUAACGGAAUACAUGUACCGGCUUUACGUAUUCAGAAUACAAAUUAUGAGUAACUGUAUUCCGUUACAGUUACAAUUUAGCUGGUAUUUAGAAUACAGUUACAUUGUUGAAAUCAAUGGAUUAGCCUACAUGACGAUACUUCUCUAUUUCAUAAGUUUAUUCACUCUCUAAAUAAAUUAAGGCAACUCCAUUUCCCAGAAGCUCCUGAAAGCAAUCUAUGAUGAAAUUGUUUCCAUGUUUAAAUCCAAGCCCCGCCGUCUUGCACUAGCCUCACAUUGCACCCAUCAAAAUGCAGCCAGUGUGCAUUAUGGACGCGUCAUCAGAGACCCUGAAAUAACUGUUUGCACAGCAAAUUAGGAGUAAAGUAAGUGGAGGUAACUCCUGUUCCUCACUGAUCGUGGUUCCUGAUGUCUGUUCAAAGGAUAUUUUCCCAAGUAUUAAUAGCUCAGGCUACUUCGGCCAAUCGGUUACAGUUUGCUAAUCAAUAAACAAAGCCUAGUUCACAUGUUGAUUUAGACCUACAAUAAAAACCCAUCUCUAAAAUAGGCACUGCACAAGUUUUUUUAUUGUAACUUAAAAUAGCUUUAUGGCUUAUUUUAUUUCUAAUUAGAUCUACAUUUACGUUCUAAAAUAAAUUAUGAUGCAGCCUGUGAAUUAUUCUUUUGAGUAGCAUAUUUUAACGUGCGUUUUUUUAUUGUCAUUACACAAUCACGUUAAUUUUGAGCACUGAUAUACAGUAGCCUAUAGUGUUUACAUUUGCAGGUCAUUUGCGUUCCACCUGUCAUAUGGGCCCCUCAUUUGUACUGGGUUGAUUCCACCUAAAAUCUCACAGGCACACCUUAAUUAUAAUUUCUGGCUACGCCCUGAAAGUAGCCUAUUUUUUUUUAUUUGUGUUAAUUAGCCUAGU